AUGAGUCAGAAAGACAUUAGCGCUUUAGUAGUCUGGUCUCAAUCGAAUGGGUGUAAGAUUUCGGAAAAUAUUGAGUUCCGUUUGUCAGCAAAUGGCGUUUCUGCCUUCCUGAAAAAACCGGCACUGCCAUCGGAACCUUCUGUCUUCGUCCCCACAUCUAUGAUUAUAUCUCCGCGUAUUGCAUAUUCGGAACUGAAGCUCGGUGAGUCUGCAAACCCCGUCAUCGCAUUGAAACUUUUGCUUUGUCGAUGGAAAUCAAGUCGAGAACAUCAAUUUGGCCCCUACAUUGAGUGCCUUCCUUUAUUGAGAAACAUCGGCUCUCCCCUGGCCUUCAGCUCAGAAGAACUUACCUUUUUGUCUGGCACUAAUAUGUAUCAUGGAGUUCUUCUAAAAAGAAAGCAACUGAUAGCUGAGUACAGAAAAGCACUAAGCUAUUUAGAAGUAAAGAACCCCACAAAUUACGAGGAAUAUGAUCAAGCCCAGUUAUUCAAAACAAUAAUGGAAGAAACCUCCAACAAAUGUCAAUAUCCCCCAUCAUUUUCAUGGUUUUUAUGGGCACAUUUGAUUGUAACCUCUCGUAGUUUCCCUUACAAGCUCAUUGAUCCUGAAGCUUCGGAUGAUUCCGUCAUGCUUUUGCCCAUUAUUGACCUCUUCAACCAUAAACCCAAAUCUAAGGUCACAUGGGUACCUUCUUCUGCCGGUUUUGAGCUAAGGCUUCAAGGUGGUGCAGAUAUCAAUGGGGAGCUAUUUAAUAAUUACGGGCCAAAAGGUAAUGAAGAGCUUUUAAUGGGAUACGGUUUUGCAUUGGUUGAUAACGAGAACGAACAGCUGCAAUUGACUAUCGACGUCAAUGGCGUAUGUGAGAAAUCUUUGCAGAUUUGGCAAGUACCUCUUCUCCAACUGAAGGAGUACACCUACCCUGUAUGCGAUGAUGAAUCGUCGACUUCUAAUCAGUCAAGUCCAACAAGUGUCGUGUUCUUGAGUAAUAGGAGUCGUAUCUUACCAGACGGUCUACUGGAGCUGUUUGCAAGUAGGUGCGCAGAUUUAGACGAUACUCACAAAACAUUGAAAGCUCUUCUCAAGGGGUUGAGUAACCUAAAAUCUGCGUUAGAUAUUAAGUUCAAGCAAAAGCUAGACAAGUUCCAGACAUUUCCGUUUACAUUAAAAGGCACUGGCUAUUUCAAAUCUGAAGAAAUGAUGAGUUCUUUGCAAACAAACUACGAGAAUUCCUGUAUUUAUCGGCAAUCUCAGCUCGACCUGUGGCUUCUGCUGAAGCGAAAGUUGAAAAACUUAGAGAAGGAGUUGUUGAAACAAUAUCGAUCUCGCAUCAUCACCCUUGGAGACAUUAUGAAAAAGGAAUCCUUUAUGCACGAUGUUGCCACCCAGUUACGGAUACCACUAGUCAAAGACGUUCUCUCAUCUUAUGAUAAAGAGGUAUUGAUUAGAAUAUGGGUUUUACGGGUGACAGAAGGAGCUCAAUCGCACUUCGACACAGAUUGGGUUAAAAGAGAGUUUGCAUCGGUCACUCCGGUAGUGCAUUCUGAUGUGUCGGAAGUAUGCCAAAUGUAUGACGACUUGAAAGAGUUCGCACAGUUGGUCAAAUUGAAUUCUUGGUCUCUAGAAAGUCUGACGAAAGCUGAUCAAGUUAUCAUGCGUAAUUCCUAUGCUAAAGGCUCAAGUAGGGAAACCGUUUUGAUUCGUCCCACUGGUCUGUGA